AUGCUAUUGGAGAAAUCGCUUGGUAUGUACGGAUCCCGUACCCAAGCAAUAAAGGGUUGGAACUGGGGCCAGUCCCCCGCCGAUUUCCUUUACUACGGUUCACUUCAUAGCACCGCCUCGAUCAACUACACUGCGCUACCUAGGCAAACACUUCUUGUCUGUGAACCUGUGCUCACGGCCGCCCCCACCUCUGUGCCCAGUGCUCAACUCAGGGCACCUCUUAAAGUCACGACGCAGCUGGCGGGUGGCCAGGUGCUACAAGUCUUCAAGGGUCCUCCUCCAUCAAGCUUAGCUUCCCCAACAAUCCGUCUGCUCCCCGCGCGCCGACCCCUGCUUUACCUCGCCUGCUUCAUAGCCACACGAGACCUUGAACCACUCACUCAUUGCUCACAAUACCUUGAAAAGGAAGACAUCCCAAACGUCCAGCGCCGCAAUCAAGCCACGCAGCCCACUCUCGUCCGUCUCCCCAGUAUACCACAGUCUCCUGUCACUCCCGAACCGAAGCAGCUUUCAAGACCCUCCACAGCAGAAGCAGAUAGCUGA